UUUCCUUUAUGUUCUGUCUUGCCGCCGUGCUUUCGUUCUUGCUUUCAAUGUUUGGGCUAUUUCUCGAUUCACCUUGAAAAAGAGCUCUCAGCCACCCUGUCUCCCGCGCCGCAUCAAACCCAAAGCCCGACUGUACCACCCCCCAGCCUGGGAGGGAGGAGUUUCUUCCUUCAGAACUGAGUGUAUAACACUCUGCAGCCAGCCACAAUGUGUGUUAGAGGGCUGUCUGUGCUCCCAAAGUAGAUGACUGCUCAAAAUCUGGUGUCUGUAUUACUGACUGCGAGAUACGAGACAAAUUGGUUCGCACAUUAUCAUCCCAAGUCAGGACAAGGUUUUUCGAUUGUGGGAUAGAAUGCCGGCGAUCACAAGUAAAAACUCCGAUUUGGAGUUUGACUCCUUACAACCGUGUUUCUACCCGGAUGAGGACGACUUCUACUUCUGUGGUCCCGACUCUGCGCCACCGGGGGAGGACAUCUGGAAGAAAUUCGAGUUGUUGCCCACUCCGCCCCUCUCCCCGAGCCGAGCCGCGCUACCGGGGGAGCCGGCGACUGCCUCCCCGGAAGCAGACCCUCUAGGCUUCGGCUUAGGGGAUCCACUGGACUGGGCUUCCGAGCUGCUGCUCCUGCCUGAGGACGAUAUCUGGGGGGCAUCUGACGAUGGGGACCUGUUCGGCUCCGCUUUGGAUACUAACCCCAACAGCAUCAUUAUCCAGGACUGUAUGUGGAGUGGGUUCUCCGCCAGGGAAAAGCUGGAGCGGGUGGUCACGGAGAAACUCGGCAAAGCUAUUUCCACUGCCACAGGAGGCGGCAGGAACAUGUGCGUCAAGGCGCCGGAGGUGGUGAGCCGCAGCUCGGUGUCAGAGUGUGUGGACCCAGCGGUAGUGUUCCCCUUCCCUGUCAACAAGAAGAACGGCAGCAGGGACUCAUCCGUGACCGUUAACACAUCCACAACCCACGGAAGCGCUCCCAGUGACUCCGAAGAGGAAGACGACGAUGAAGAAGAAGAAGAGGAAGAAGAAGAAGAAGAAGAAGAGGAUGAGGAGGAGGAUGAGGAAGAGGAGGAAGAGAUUGAUGUGGUUACAGUAGAGAAAAGGCGCUCCACAAACAAAGCAUCACCCAUGGCGACGGGCACCGUCACCAUCUCUGUGCAUCCCAAGAGUCAAGACCAGAGGGGCCUGGCUUCAGGGUCGGGUGUUGUGAGUCGAUUCGUCAGUCGAGCCCCUCAGGAGCUGAUCCUGAAGAGGAGCUCAGUCCACCAGCAGCAACACAACUACGCAGCCCCCUCACCAUAUGCUUCAGACGACGACCCUACCCCACCUCCGAAGAAGCAAAAGACAUCAGACGCUCCACGACCUCCCACCAGAACCAUCUCUUCAUCCUCCUCAUCUUCCUCCACAUCCUGCAGCUCAAUCUCCAGCACAUCAGGGGCACGCAGCAAGCGCAGCGCCAGCGGAGACAGCAGCCCACGCGGCAGCUCUGACUCAGAGGACAGUGAGCGCCGGCGCAACCACAACAUCUUAGAGCGCCAGCGCCGCAACGACCUGCGCUCCAGCUUCCUGAUGCUGCGCGACCACGUGCCAGAGCUGGCGCACAACGAAAAGGCAGCAAAAGUGCUGAUCCUGAAGAAGGCCACCGAGUAUGUGAGCUCGCUGGAGACAGAGGAGAUGAGGCUCCAGCAGGAGAAGGACAGGCUCCAGGCCCGCAGGCAACAGCUGAUGCGCAGGCUGGAGCAAGCAAGGACUCGCUAACAAACAACUGCUACAACACAGAAACACUCACAUAUACCCUGGAUGACCCCCCCCCCUCCUCCCGCCUCACCCCAGUCUGUUUGAAACACAAAUUAGAUUCACACACAUUUAGGCCUAUACACUUAAGCACAGACACAUAGGCCUGCAUAUCUGUCGUACACGUGCACACACAAACAAAACAUCUCAGAGGACGUUCAUCUUCAGAUGCCGGCACACAACAUCUAGGAGGAGAGGGGGAGGGGGGGUUGCUGGAGGGAUGCUCGGACUUUCACUGCCGCCACUUUUUUUGCACAUUUGUUGACGUUAAGAAUGUUUAGGGUUUACUUUUUCAAUCCAGUCACAUUGAGGAAAGAUAAAAAGAGAAAAGAAUGAGGAAGGAGAGAGGACACACCUUUUUUUGGUCUUCCCUUCCUCUGGCUUUUAUAUCAUUUCUAUUUGUAUCGUGUUUUUGUUUUUUUUUUUUGUACUCACUGUGACACCAGCCUGGAAUCAGGUGAUUCCCACAGGGACGGGUGUUAAAGGGCACUUUGCUUGGAGAGUUCAAAGUUCACGUACAGAAGCAGUGCACACUUACUUUGCCUUCACCACUGCAAAACUGAAGAGACUAUGACGACUUGAGGCGUUAUGGGUCACAUAAACAAUGCCACUACAGGUUCUUUCUCUCACUCCUCUAUCACACUGGUGCUCAAACCAAGUCAGUGGAUGUAUAACUGUGCACCUUGCUAGCCGACACUUUUGUAUAUAACAAUAGUGUACAGACAAAAAAUACACUCAGAUCUGCCUUGUUUUGUAAUACAUUUUGUCCUUGGUUUUUUUUAUACAUGUCAGGAAGCUGCCAAUAACUAGACUGGAAGUUUAUAUACCUUUAAAAGUACUGUAAGGCCUCGAUUUUUGAGAGUCAUGAAACUUUGUAAUAUAACAAUAUAUUGUUUUUUUUUUCUCUUUUUCUUUGUAUUGUAUCAUAUUACUAAUUCUACACACCUUUAUGCUUUUAGUGUGAACCUGAUACAUACUAAAUUUGAUACUUAUAUUUUCGUAUGAAAAUGAGUUCUUGGUAGAUAUCACUUUAUCUCAUCAUUUUUUUCUUCUAUCUCAAAUAAUUCUUUUGUACAGCAAAAUGUGUUCUAUCCUCACGUACCUGGCCUUUUUCUUUCCUCCUCUUUUGUUUAUAUUUGUAACUAUCGGGUGCAUAGAACUGGGUAAACGGAUAUAAGAUGUUUGUUUUUUUCAUUUUUAAAAUGUACAUUUAGUGCUGCAACUCAUAGCACUUUGAAAUACCUCAUUUUGAAAAAUAAAUAGACAUCAUUAAAAUCCUC